CUAUCUUACGAAAACCUCCCGAACCCCUCUCAAGACUUCUCAUCUCUCGCCUUCUCCAUCCAACUCCUCCUCUCACGCCGUCCAACUUCUCUCCGGCAAACUCCUCUCCGGCGAACCCCUCUCUGUGAACCUCCCCUCCGAAGUCCUCUCCGUCAACAAGAAGAGGAGCUCCAGGAUGCUCAACAAGAAGAGGAGCUACGCGCAGUACCAUCUCGAAUUAGGGCAGUCGGACUUCCUCCUCCGCUCCUACUCCGUCUGCGGGAUGAUGUACGCCCCCGGGGACGAGUCGGACGAGAAGCUCCACGGGGAUUUCCAUAAGAAGUACUACGAAGGAAUUCGGUUCAAGGCUGGCGCGACGAGAGAGUUGUCUCGACGCCCAGCGGAGGCAAUUGCCGCAUCCUGUUGGUUCUCGACGGUGACUCCCCAUCGCACAAGUGCAAGGUUAAGGAGGUGCUUACGAUCGUGGAGAAGGAACUUGGAUUCCAAAUAGUUCUCUGAGACGUUGCUUUGUUUAAUAAGGCCAACUGUUCAAUCUGUUCAAAGCUCACAAAGAUCCUAGACAAAAUCCAAUUGCUUAUUCCUGUAAUAGAUUGAGAAAGACAAGCUACUUCUUCAGUAUUGUGCUAGUAAUUACUGUAUUGUUUUGUCACAUUCUCAAGCCGAUAAUAAUUUUUGAGUGUAGCUAGUAGAAGUAAAUAGAUUGUUGGCUUCGAGGUCGGCUA